GAGUACGGAGUAGUGGCCAUUGGUUGGGAGGAGUACGGAGUAGUGGCCAUUGGUUGGGAUGAGUAUGGAGUAGUGACCAUUGGUUGGGAUGAGUACGGAGUAGUGGCCAUUGGUUUUAGCAGUUAGUAAAUCAUUAGUGAGGUUUAGUAGGGCAGUGUCAGUGGAGUGCAGUGAGUGAAAGCCAGACUACUAAGCAUUCUAGGAGUUUACAGGUAAACAGGAGGCGGGAGAUGGGUCUUAGAUUGUUCAGGUUGGUGGGG